AUGAAGGAUUUGCUGGGCGCACCAGGGGAGGCCACGUUUGGGUCCUGUGCGGCCUGGUCGGAGCGCUUCAAGCCGGCGGUGAUCGCCGCCAUCCAGCGCCACUCAGGCUGCUCUCGCGUCGUGUGGCGCCAGGCCGUCUCCAUCCUCAGGGAGGAGGGCGUGGAAGUCGAGGAGCCGCCGCCGCCGCCAGCUCAGCUGCAGCAGCAGCUGCAGCGCCGGCAGCGGCUCGCGGCGGCGGCGCGCGCCGCGUCCGAGGACACUUCAGAAGGGGAGGGCGGCCCUGACGGCAGCCGGGCGGUCAGCAGCGGCGAGGAGAUCGUGGGGGAGGAUGAGGUUGCUGAGGUGGCGUCGGAAGGCGAGGGGGCAGACCCUGUGGACGCGACAGCUGAGGGGGCGGUGCCUGUGCUGGAGGACGGAGUGGUGUUCUUGGCGGCGCCUGAGAAGGGGCAGAAGACGGGCUUCUACGCUGACCAGCGCGACAACCGCAGAUUCAUCGCCUCCAUCUCCGCCGGCCGCUCGGUGCUCGACCUGUGCUGCUACUCGGGCGGCUUCGCGCUCACCGCCGCCGCGGCCGGCGCCGCCUCGGCGAUCGGUGUCGACUCGUCCGGCCCCGCCGUCGCGCUGGCGGCCGCCAACGCGCGCGCCAAUGGGCUGGAGGGGCGCGUGGAGUUCUUCAAAGAUGACGUCAGCGCGUUCAUGCGGGCGGCGGUGGAGCGCGGGGACGCGUGGGACGUGGUGGUGCUCGACCCCCCGAAGCUGGCGCCCAACAGGGCGUCACUGCGGCCGGCCUCCAAUAAGUACCGGAAGCUCAACGCCCUGGCGCUGGCGCUGGUCAAGCCGGGGGGCGUCCUCAUGACCUGCAGCUGCAGCGGGGCCAUGACUCAGAGCGGCGGCCUGCCCGCAAUUGUGGAGGAAGCUGCCAGGGAGGCGGAGCGCCAGGUGACGCUGCUGCGCAAGUCUGGCGCGGCACCCGACCACCCCCUCAACCCGGCCUACCCCGAGGGCCAAUACCUCACAGCCCUCGCAUACAGGGUGCUGUGA